AUGGGAGCUCCAAAUAUCAUUUCGGACUCACAAUCAGAAGUGGAUGAUGAUACAUGCAUCACUUGGAAUUACAUAGAAGCUGCAAACAAGAAGAACGAAGAACAAAUAUUUAGAAGACAGCAGCAUAUACUGAAGGAUUUGAAACCACUUACUUACGAUUUCUCAGAUUUACCAACUCAGAGAACGAGGCGUCAUGUCUUUUGUCAAAGACAUGUCUACACUGCCGAUUUAUCUGAAUACCUCAACUUAUCCUCGAGGGAGCAAUUGGAUACACUUUCAAAAAAUGGAAAAAGUGAUGAGGAGAUUCUAUAUAUGCUCAACAGGAAGUACAAGAAGCUCAGGAAGUUUUAUGAGGGACUGGGGAUCAAGAGACACCGCUUCAAAAAGAAGAACUUUGACGUUUAUUUGGACGACUUCAAGAAGUACCAGACCGGUAGGGAUGGGAGAAGUUUCUAUGAGAUGCAAGACCAGGCAUUAGAUGAUUUGGAAGAUCAAAAACGACUGAAUGAUCUUCUCGAAAAGGAAUUGCAGGAUGUUGAUACAACUGAGGACGAGAACGAGGUAGAUACUGACAAUGAGAAAGUACCAGAACAAUUAGAUCCAAAUGCAUAUCUUAAUGAUAACGAGGAUGCCAGUCAGCAGGUUAUUAUGAGCACAAACAGACGUAGAGGACGUGUUGUCGAAGAGAAAGCGGUUGUAAGUUUAUUAAGUGAUGACAAAAAGGAGGAAGAAAAGAUAAAUGAGGCUAAGAGUACGUCUCAGGAGAUGAUUGUAAGUGCAGGUCACGAGCAAUUUGACAAAUCUAGAUCCUCAACUUUUGACCAACAUUUUCCUCCCGAUAAGAUAGUACCUGUUGUCCAAUCUUUUCACUCCACUGACAGGCUUCCAUCUUCUCUUUCCAGUAGCCCAGUUGCUCCACUGCGUGUUUCCAGGCGUACUAGACGACACAAAUUUUCCCAGGAUCAUGUGUAUGUCACAGACACCGCUGUGCAUCUUGGAUUAGUCUCUGCAUAUGUUCUUAACGAUAUGUAUGACUCAAAUGAGUCGUAUGAUCAGGUCAUACAAUUUCUUGAAGUCUCGUACAAGCACAAAAGAGACCAGAGAGUUGUUAAAGAAAUUGGUUUGGGUCCUUUUGCAAAAUCGACUUUCCAGUCAUAUUUGGACGACGAGAAUAAGCAUCUUAUAUCUGAUGGGCGUCGAUUGGUUGUGGGUCAAAAUGAACAGGAAGAUAGCAUGAAGGAAUUUUUAAAGAAUGAUAACUUCGACAUCUCUGAUGAGGAUUAUGUGUUCCCCGACGAUGAACAUUCUACUCAUGAUCCAAAUACUGAUACCUACGCUGAAUCUGAGGACGAUCACGUGUUUGACAUUCCUAGUGAUUCUAAUUCCAGACAGUUGACAACUGGUUUUGCUUCGAGGUCGCUAAUAUCAUCAUCGGAGCCUUCUAAUGAUGAUGAUAAGUUUAUGUUCAGGAAUAGACUGUUAAACAAACGGAUGGCAUUACACGGAAUCCUUCCCGCCUCAUUUUACAAGGUUUCAGGUGAGCGUGGCUCCAGAUCUCACCUAAAUGUUUACAAGUCUAAGAGAGGUUUUAAUGCGGAUAGUGGGCCUCUCUUACCCGGCAUUGCCAGACGUAAGAAAGCAGUUCAUGCUCAGGUAUCUGCACCUUUGGAUGAGAUGACUCGAUUUUUGGCACCAGAUAGCGAACCCAUCGAGGGGAUGGAGGCCGACCCAGCAGAGUAUCACAAGGUCAGUAAAACUUUGGAGGACUUGAAAGGUAAUACUGAUGAAUCUGUGUUCCUCAUACCAUCCGAUAGCGAAAAUGGCAGUGGCAUCAAUAGUGAUUCUAGUCAUGAAAUGUCUGAAGUGGAAGAUGAUGAUGAUCUGAUCACUGUAAACGAUUAUGAUGUAUUUAUUGAUCAUAUGAGAGAUGACAUGAAUAUGGAUGGCAGCGCUGAGGAGGACAAUAGGACAGGAAUGAACUACAUGCUUAGCCGAGAACCGAGAAAAAAAGGUGUAACAACAAAAAAGAGAAAGCGUCCAUCAAAGGGUUCAAACACUCUAAAAAUGAGAAGUUUACCUAAGAUGACUCGUCCUGGGGGAAAAUAUACUAAACCAGGUUUCCAUCGUCUUCCGUCUUCGAGAUUUAGGAAGCUUUCUGCGAGGAAUCAUAUCUCUUCUUCAUCUAUCUCUCAUCCUGAUGUUGUAUGGUUGAGUGAACCUGAGGAUGGUCAUAUGACGGUGUAUGAUGAUGGAUUUGAAGGUAGUGAUGACUCGGUUAAGAAGUCCUUUUUGCUUAAUAAUUCUCCAACAACCAAGAGCGUUAAGGAAACUGAUAAUAAGACUAAUGAAGGCUAUGCUCGGACGUACUGGACUCCCCGUAUAUCGAAGUCGGGUCAACGUUCGGAGAGGAAGCAUGUUCGUCAGGAAACACGGCCCUCUCGGUCCCGAAGAUCUCGUGAUUCUUAUCAGACUUCUGGUGUCUGGAAUGCGUCUUCGUUUCAAGACGCGUUUUAUUUUGGGAGAAACAAAGUCAAUGGUACUCCACAAGUUGAAGGUACUUUCAGUGAACCGUAUUCCCAAUGUCCAGGUGUGACCCCUAAUGAAAGGCUCAAAAUUGAUGUUAAAAGGCAUGCUCCUAGUCGCAAUACAUUUAUUGACACUGUCACCAAGCUUGACAGGGCAGUUAAUGAACAGAGACCUCUUGCAACUAGCUUAGAUAAUAUAACUCUUCAGAUGUAUCAAUCUUUACAGCUGAGGUCAAAUUCCGUCGUUUAUUCAAGGCUGAUUCAGGAGUGCUUGAAAUUGGAGGGUGACUACUUCAAGGAGGAUGAUACUGUGUUUGAGUAUUGCAGCGUCAGAUUCUCUAUUUCCUCUUAUGGUCCAUUUUCUGAAUGUCCAGGUUUGAUUACGGCCUUGCUUAAAACCAUUCAAGCAUCGUUAGGUGAGGCUAAAACCAUUACCAGGCAGGUGCUUAUUGAAUUGAGAAAAUGCCUGAUUCGAAUGAUUCAGCUUCUUUGGAAUCUUAAGCAUUCCAGUUUCAAUAACUUGAAAGCAGUGGGUCGAAUUUUACUUGAAUUUGUACGUGAGCAGCAGAUUAAUUUAAAGAGUGAUAAGCUAAAGUUGCUCUGCUUACCGUACCAUCUUAUAUUUAUGGACUUACUUCAUAAAAUUAUGAGAAGUGAAAACGAUAUGGAAUAUGUCAAGUAUGAGAAGGAAGCAGGCGAGCUCGAGAGAGCCUACAUUAUCUUGUUCUGCUCUAUGCCGGCUCCAAAGGUCUACAAGUAUUUUAAAGGAGGAUCAGAUAAGCAGUCUUUUUUCUUUGAAGCUGGAUGCUUGUUCUUAUCAUUAUCUCCAAAUCCCUGGCAGUAUGUUGCUUCGAUAGCUAUGGUAGAGAAGAAACGCCUUCCAGUUAUUAGUGUGGUUAAUUUCUUGUACUUUGUUCAUUCCCGACUUCCGGUUUUGGUAGACUGGGAGUAUUUUAUUAUGAAGAUGGAUGCUCUCAAAUCUGAAUCUGAUCCAGAAAAAUGGUUGUUGGUAUUUCGAUCUAUCCUUAAAGUGAUGCAGGAUACAUCGUGGACAUUUGAGGAAGAUUUGUUAGUGAAGAUGUACCGUUUGCUCAGCAGCCGCCGGUUUGAGAACAUUGGUGCUUUGAGACCUACUAUGUUAUGGUACUCCACACUUCCUGUCUCUAAUGUUUUUUUAGAAAGAGAUGGUUGUUUAGACAUGUACCUUAAGUUCUUGGUACUGUACGUGAGAUCUCGCCUAGACCACUCCAGGGAAGCUAAUCUUAUGGAAAGGUUAGUUCCUAUUGCAUCUGUCAAAACGAGUACCAUCAUGUUGCUCAAAAAUAGAGCGAACGUUAUGCUUGUUAUGUCCUAUUUGUUCAGAAAGGAUUUUCUUGGACACUUUAGGAUGAUAUUUAAGGCGAUCCUUGAUUUUAAAACAUCAGAAUCUUAUAAGAUUAUCUUGGAGCUUCUUUUGGCAUUAUCAAGAUGUUAUUUCAGCCUGUUCCAGAAAUUGCCUCUUGGUAUUAUUAGGCACGCGUUGCCUCAAGUCAUUUCAGCAGUAAAUGAGGGGGGUAUUGGCAUUGUUAUCGUGGCCGAAAGCUUGCGUAACCUAGUGGAUUGUUUUGACAAUCAGUUAGGUAACGGAAUUGAUGAUCCACGUAAAUUACUGCAAACUGUUGACUUGACUUGUAUUUUCUUGAAGUUGGAAGUGGUCGGUACCGGUUCCAGAAUGACCUAUAUUCCGAAUACUAUAUUGGCUGUUCUCAAGAGGGUGUUGGAAAUAACAGACACAAAAAUCUUAUUAUCAAUGGAACCGAAGUUAAAAACGGAGUUGGUGGUAUCUUUGAAGUCUGUGAUUAUGUCCAUUUCUUUUAAGAACGAUGAUCUCAAGGCUAAAUGUGUGUUACUAUGGAUCUAUCUUUCUUCUAGGUUGAACGUAACUGCAGGCUCUUUGACAUAUAUUGAGUGGCAGUAUUUUGCGGAUAGUUCAAUUCGCACCAGGUUUGAACUUCCUUUUUACACUGCUUUGCUCAAAUACUACAGACCAGUGGAUCUCAGAUACCUUCAUGAGAACUUAUUUAUGAUUUUGAUGAAGAACUUGCCAAUUGAAGACAAUCAUUUCUUUUCAUCCUUUUUUGUGGCAUUGGCUGCCCAAGGAUUUAUGCACCGGUAUGUGACAUUUAGAAGUGGAUUGGAUGUGACCAAAUUCUCAGAAAAAGAUCUCCGACAUUAUAAGCAGCAAAUUACUGUGAAAAUUUUGGCUCAGCUUGUGUUAGAGCUGAAAAAGGUCAAUCCAGAUGGAAAAUUCAGAGAUUUUCUCACGGAGUAUAUCAAGGCCCUUGAAAAGGAGUAUACUUUUCACGAGAGAACGACUCUCAAUCCUGGAAAGUAUAAUGUUUAUGCCACCCGGAUUGUUCGGUACUUGUAUACCGUUGUCGGCAAGAUGUUGCAGGAUCUACCGGAAUUUAUCAUCCUCAAGAGAAAGCUUUCGAUUACACAGAUAUUGUCCUCGUUGAACGAGCAGCUAGAAUCGGUGUCUAGCACAAACGAGCUCUACUUGCUCUUGGAAAGCGAGUAUAUUACGUCUUUGAAAUGCAACAAAUUUAGGGAGUUCGAGACGGACUUAGUCAACUACUGUCUGAAUAAUGAUGGCUUUAUUGACGACGACCAGCGUGUCUCGCCUAUUAUUGCGUUGUCCACCCUAAUUUCCUCGCAUGUAUCCUUGGUUCUUUUCGAUAAGAAAUUUUGGUUUCAUUUUGGCAACUGGUUUUCCAUCUUCACGCAUCUUGUCUUGAGUGAGUGCACCUACAAUAGUGAUGAGAUAUGGCACAUUAUUAAAGUGCUAACGCUUCUAACCAAAAUAUCCGGUACCAGUGAGUAUCCCUCUUACACAUAUCAUGAAAAUGUUUCGAUCAUCUGCGUUUAUCGGAUAAUCGAACGUUUGGGAACAUAUCUCCUAGGUUUUGAGGAUAUGGUGGAGUUUCUUGAAUCUAUCGAUGUUCUUCGGGGCUUGGAUUCAGUAGUGGAAUUGUCAGUGGCUAGAGACUUGUUUAUAUCAAUAUCGAACGAAGAACUUGAUAAGCAGGUGAGAAAAGUUUAUUCUGAAAGUGAUGCCGUGCUUUCAAGAGUUGUGAAACCAGAAAUGCGAGAAGAGAUGAUCGCAUCAAGUCGUCUGGAGAAGAACGAGGUAUCGAAGGCCGUGAUGGAAUAUAUUACCAAUUUCAAAACUUCGGUAGAUGUUGCUGCUAAUGAUUUUAAUACUGUCCUGACUCAGAAUCUUCAGUUUUUAUAG